GAUCACACAGACAAGACCAGAAGCGAGUAGUCAAGAUCCCCUCGUUUGUCGCUUGCAGACAGAUAGAGGGGUAUAGGCAGCCAGUGUACUUUAUAUUUCUCUUUUUAUUAUUAUUAUUAUUAUUAUUAUUCUGACGACUGAAUAUUUUGUCUUCUCUAUUUAACAUAAUAAGGAGAGCCAACUAGCAUUAGAAGGGUUCUUGUCAGACGUUCUAAGACCUCGCAGAAUUAAUUCCUGACGGACCACAUUGCUGCAUGCCUCCUGCUUAAUUAAGAUUCUGCAAUUGAUAAACCGGCGCCUAUACCUACCAGGACACCAGGCUCUCGUCUUGCAUCGCUCGCCGUUUUGACUAAUCCACGAGCCAGUGGGAUCUGACUGCAGCGCAUCUUUACGAUUCAAAGCGAGUUGUGUCCAAGUUCUAUUACAAGGAGUUUACAAUGACAGCCACGAAGGAAGCGCAGCCGAAUCAGAGACAGAAGCCACCGCCGAAGGAUGACGAGGAGGACCUUGGUGCGGGAGCUCCACCUGAGAGGAACUGGAAAGGGAUUGUUAUCGCUCUGCUGGUUAUACUGGGGGUCUGCUCUCUGAUCACAUUGUCUGUCAUCCUCCUCACUCCAGCGGACAGCCAAGCUGGCAGUGAUACAAAACUCACCGUGGAAGAUCUGUUCAAGCCUGAGUUUGUGGUCCAUGACCCAGAGGCCAAAUGGAUCAACGACUCAGAAGUCAUCUAUAGGAAUCGCGAUGGCCACGUCAUCAAGUUUAACAUCCUCACCAAUGAGACGGAUAUUGUACUGACAAACACGACGUUCGUCAAUUUCAACGUUGCAAAGUACUCUGUUUCCCCGGACUUGAAAUAUGUGCUCUUUGCCUAUGAUGUUAAACAGGUUUACCGGCAUUCAUACAUGGCCUCAUAUAGCAUUUAUAACAUUCACACAAGGGAGGUAUGGGAGUUGGACCCUCCGGAGGUGCUGAACUCUGUUCUGCAGUACGCUGCAUGGGGAGUACAGGGCCAGCAACUGAUCUACAUAUUUGAGAACAAUAUUUACUACCAAUCAGAUGUGAAGAGCAACUCCCUCAGACUGACAUCUUCUGGAAAGGAAGGGGUCAUCUUCAAUGGGAUCGCUGACUGGCUGUACGAGGAGGAGAUUCUCCAGUCCCAUGUGGCACACUGGUGGUCACCCGAUGGAGAGAGAUUGGCCUUCCUGGUUCUCAAUGAUACUCUGGUGCCCAAUAUGGCCCUUCCUCGCUUCACUGGGUCUUCAUACCCCAAGGGAAAGCAAUACCCCUACCCUAAGGCGGGCCAACCCAACCCCACAGUGAAGUUAUACGUGGUGAAUUUGUACGGGCCGACCCAUACACAGGAGCUCACACCACCAGACAGCCUCAAAAUAAGGGAGCACUAUGUAGCCAUGGUCAAGUGGAUCAGUAAAACCAAGACAGCGGUCAGGUGGAUGAGCCGUGCCCAGAAUGUGUCAAUCCUCACCGUGUGUGACACCACCACAGGGGCCUGUGUUAAGAGGCAUGAGGAAACGUCAGAGCUCUGGCUUUCAAAGCAGAACCAGGAACCAGUGUUCUCCAGGGACGGCAACAGAUUCUUCCUGACGGUGCCCGUCAAGCAAGGCGGGCGCGGAGAGUUCCAUCACAUCGCCAUGUUCACCACACAGUUCAGAGCAGAUCAAAACGAAGUCCGCCAUCUUACAUCAGGAAACUGGGAAGUAACUAAGAUCCUGGCCUAUGACGAGAGCAAUGACAACAUAUAUUUCCUCAGCACUGAAGGCUCACCACGGAGAAGACAGCUUUUCAGUGUGAAGACUGUGGGGUUGUUCCCUCGACACUGUCUGACGUGUGAGCUAAAUAAGGCCCACUGUCUUUUCUUCAAUGCUGAGAUAAACCCCAGUGAUCAGCACAUCAUCCUCCACUGUAAAGGUCCGGGAGCACCCACUGUGAUCUUACACAGCCUCAAUAAUGCCAAUUACUACAUCCUUGAGAACAACUCUUUACUGAAGGCAGCUUUGAAGAUCAAGAGGAUUGAAAUGACGGACUUCAGAACAAUCCAGAUGGAACAUUUUGAUCUGCCUUUGAAGAUCUCCUACCCACCAGACUUUUCUGAAUCACGUCACUAUGGCCUGCUUCUGGUAGUCGAUGGCUCCCCCGGUGGCCAGGCUGUGAGCGACCGAUUCAUUCUGGACUGGGACUCGGUUCUGGUCAGCUCGGAUAACGUCAUCGUGGCUCGUCUAGACGGCAGAGGGAGUGGCUUCUUGGGCCAGAGGGUUCUACAUGAGGUCCACCAGCGUUUGGGGACAGUAGAGGUGCAGGAUCAAAUCGCAGCUGUGGAAUACAUGUUGACAUUCCCGUACAUUGAUCGUACACGGAUAGGAGUAUUUGGGAGGGGUUAUGGUGCCUAUAUGAUAUUAAUGAUGCUCAAAUCAACCGACAGCCUGUUCAAAUGUUCUGUAGCAAUGUCCCCAGUCACGGACUGGAGACUAUAUGCAUCAGCAUUUUCCGAGAGGUACCUUGGCAUGCCAUUACGGGACGACAGCAGAUAUCAGUUCUCCAGUGUGUUACAGAAUGUCCAGCCACUGAGGGAACAGACUCUGAUGCUUGUCCACGGCACAGCAGACGCCAAUGUCCACUUUCAGCAUACUGCUGAGCUCAUCAAGAACCUUGUGAAAGUUGGAGCAAACUACACAAUGCAGAUCUAUCCAGAUGAGGGUCAUUUCCUGUCCCAGCGGAGUAGGCAGCACCUUUUCGCCUCGCUCACCAGCUUCUACAGAGAGUGUCUCAAGGAAGAGAUCCUACCGCUGCCCGAUGAUGAUGAGGAGGAGGAAGAGUAGGAGUAGGAUGUGGUGAAGACCUUCGGCAAGACUUUGGCAGGACUUCCUCUCUGUAAAAAAUUGCUGAAGCCUGCACGAAAGGCUGGUGGCUUUUUGACCAAGUGUUAAGACAGAGGUGGACAGUGAGAGUUGCGGCGCGUGUGUGUGCAAAUUAUAUAGUUUGUGUUAGUUUGAGAGAGAGAGUUUGAUAGUUGUUUGUGCGUGUGUCUGCGUAUGUAUGUUUGUGUGUGCAUGUGUUUGCAGUCAGAGAACUCCCAAGGACACCUGUCAAAGACAAUGGACACCGGCAUUGUCAAGACUACAAGCGGGAACUCUCACUUAUCUAAAAUGCCACUUCAAUCUCCACCUUUGAGACUAUCCCUCUCUCGGCAAAGCACAUAACAUACUGCCUCCAUCUCCGGCAGGAGCCAUUAGGGUUGCAACAUCCACACUUACAAGUGCAUGGUUCUUUUCCCCUUUCAGCUUAACUAGUUUUGUCAUGUUAGUUUUCAUUGUGGUAGCCAUUGGGAAGAGACAAACACAUAUGAUGUACCCUUUUAAAUGUCACCCACUCUUUUUGUUUGCUUUUGAUGCACAAGGAAAUGCUCCACUGCUCUUCAGAGACAUACUGUAGGCAAUGCAAGUUCAACUUGACUAUGACGUCAUCCACAAGUAAGUGCUAUUCCUGCUGAAUGCUCUCAUCUUCAACCCCCACUGAAAAUAAGUCCUUUGGGGCACACUUAAUUGUACAAGGGUCUCAUGUAGACAUGUCCAAUGCCUUAUGAGGUGUUACAUAAGACCGUAAGACCACUUAAUGGCAUUCAUAGCCAUUAAUUAUUAUCACACUAACCUGUGUCAGCUCAGUUCUUUGAGACGCAACAUGCCAGUGCAGUCUCAGAGACAGUUAAUAUCAGUUGUAAUGUCAGGUCAUAAACCAGUUAUAAUUCCAGUGAGUAGUGAGUGGUCACAAAGGCCAUAAAAUGACAUUGUGUAGGGCUAAGUAAGGUGUUUGCAUGUCUACAGGGGGACGCCUAAAGUGUUGCCGUAUUUUGUACAGUACAAUACAGCAGAGUGUGUACAUACAUAUAUUUUUUAGAUAUGUCAGAUCUUAUGGAUAGGUUAGUCUAUGGGAAUGGAAUGAUUUGACAUGAAUGUCUUGUACAUUUUUCAGUUUAUUUUGGUUUCGGUAGAUUUUGGAUUUUGUAAUGCUUGUUCAUGUUAAUUUUGUUGUUUUUGAAGGAAGGGAGGGAUGAGGGUUUUGGGUUAUUGUGAUUGUCCUCUAGUGAUGAUUGUAAAUAAAAAACACACUGAAAAACUAA